AUGAGAGCUCGAGGAGCCAACGGAACGACCGCACAAACGCAAAAUGCCAAUCAACGGCUGGACUACAACCAAAGCCACAUCCAACAGUUCCUCAUUGCAGGGGGAGAGCUGGGGCUCAAACACUUCUACACAGAGCUCUCUGUUCUCCUCCUGGUGGUCUACCUUCUAGUGCUCAUUGUUAACUUAAUGGUUUUCUUUGCGGUGGUGCUGGAGACCAAACUGCACACACCCAUGUACAUUUUUCUUAGCAGUCUCUCUCUAACAGAUAUCAUCAUCACAACCAGCGUUCUCCCCAAGAUGAUAUCGGUGUGCCUACUGAAUGAUAUUGCCAUUUCUUUCUCUGGCUGCUUCUUGCAGCAGGUCACCUAUUUGGCAUUUCAGGUUACUGAGGGUGUUUUGCUUGCUAUUAUGGGCUAUGACCGCUAUGUGGCAAUUUGCAAUCCUCUACGCUACAACGAUAUCAUCACUCCCAGGAUAUGUGUUAUACUCUCAGUCUUUGCUUGGAUUGUUGGAAUUUUGAUGCCCCUUCCUGUUACAAUAUAUGCAUCAAGGUUAACUUACUGUGGGGACCACGUCAUGUUCUGGUUUUGUGAUUUCCCUCCUGUUGUCGCACUGUCCUGUAUGGACACAACAUACCUACUGUUCGCAGCUCUAGGGGUUGCUUUACUAGUAAUUAUGAUCCCUGCGUUUGUCAUUAUUUGGACAUACGGUAGAAUAAUUUUCGCAAUAUUAAAAAUUACAUCUGUAGACGGCCGUAAAAAGGCCUUCUCCACCUGCUCCUCACAUCUCAGUAUUGUAAUCCUGUUCUACUUCGCACAUCUUUGUGUCUAUAUAAGUUCCACGGUAAAAAAUAUUAAUCCGAAUGUUCUCAUCUUGAUCUCCAUCAUGAACUGUUUCCUGACUCCUGUUGCGAACCCCAUCAUUUACAGCUUGAGAAAUAAAGAGUUAAAGACCGCUAUUCGAAAACGCUUCUACAUCAGUCAGGUUUUCACAUGUUUCUCUCACUCACACCCCUUGUAAAUUCUCCCCUAAAUGUCUUCAAUCUAAUUUAUAUUCAUGUACUGUAUACUGUGAAACAAAUAGCCCAUGUUUUUUUUUUGUUUGUUUAUUAUUAUUAUUAUUAUUAUUAUUAUUGUUAUUUUGUUUUUGUUUUUGAGCAUCACACUCAUACUCCUGUGAAUGUUCUAGAGACUUGGGUAAAAAAAAAUAUUUUCUGGUACAUUAUCCAACAUUUUUGCUCUUUGGUGACUUUAAUAAUAUAAAGCUUUACACAGACAUAACAAAAGCCAUGUUGUUUAUUACCAUGUAGUAGUGUUUUCAGCUGCAAAUAUAGCAUAACUAUAUAUUGUUGUUGUUGUUGUUGUUGUUGUUGUUGUUGUUGUUGUUUUUGCUCCUGCUGUUGUUCUUGCAGGUAUAGUGAAAACCAAAAAUUGAAAGCUCUCUAAAGUUAGAUAACUAAGUUAGAUCCAAUUUAGAUGUAUUCGUUCAUCCAUUAUCAAACCCGCUUAUGCCUGGUCAGCGUUUGCCGGGGGUGCUGGAGCUCAUCCCAGCACGCAUUGGGUAAACGCACCCGGGGCAGGUGGCCAGUUCAUCACAGGGCGCAUGCGCCAUUCACUCACACACUCGCACCUAGGGGCGAUUUAGACUCUUAACCUAACCUGCGUGUCUUUGGGCUGUGGGAGGAAACUGGAUUACACAGUGGUAAUCCACGCAGACACUGGGAGAACAUGACAACCCUACUCAGAAAGGCCCCGGCCUGGAUUUGAUCCAAUUAGGAUCUUAUUGCUGUGAUGCAACCAUGCUACCCAAUGCACCACUACAAAAUGUUUGUUUGUUUGUUUAUUUAUUUAUUUAUUUAUUGCAAUGAAAGAGAAGGUCUCUGGUUUUUUUUUUUUUUUGGUCAGAUAUAGGGCAGGGUGAUGCAUGUUUUGCAAUUAAAGUUUGAUUUCCCAUAAACCAUCCAUAGUAUGCAAUUCUCUGUCACACUGCGUCUCCCAUUACUGGUACCACAUCUUUUUUCUCUGGGUUAAAACUGGUUUUUGGUUAUUCAAAGUACUGAAACUGAUGGGGCAAUGGGACAUUCAAAAAUGUUGAAGAAAAAUGCUUCAUUGUUGAUGCUUUACCUGAUUGUGUUCAGAUGUGCCAGAGAAGGGACUUUGCUUACUCUCAAACUUUAAAGUCUUCCAUAAAAAUCAUUAUCACAUGGUAACAUUAGGCUCUUAUUCAGUGUAUUUCCUUUGAGAACUGUUUCAACUUUCG